AGUCAGCUGUCUGUGUUUGUCGCAAAGCACAAUCGCCGGCGAUGACGAGUCGCAUUAAAUCGGCCGCAAAAACUUCCUCGUUUUCCCUGUUUUACCUUCAGACCGUGUGAUUUUCAGGCAGGGCAGCAUGGAGGGCGAUUUGCGCGAGAGGUACAACCGGUUCAAGCAGCUGCACGACGAGGCCUUCAAGCUGCUCGACGACGGCCUCAAACUCGAGCAACGAAACCAAUUCGAAGAGGCGGUGGUGUUGUACGAGAGGGGCGUGGUCACCGUGGACAGGGCCCUGCGGAUCUACAUCGAGAGCGACUCGGACCCGGAGCUCUGGGACAAGUACUUCGAGCAGGUCGUCAAGAUGAAAAAUGCCAGGAAAGAAGUGGAGAGUCGUCUGGCGAGUCUGCGUGCUGGGCCGCCGCCUGCAGGCGCAGCACCUCCGAAUGGCGCGUCGGUGAUGAUGCCGAGCAACCCUCCGUCGUACGAGGAGGCAACGAGCCCUUACGCCAGCCUCACUGGCGCCCUGGAGCAGCUGCGGGCCGACACGGUGGCGUCUGCGGCCGACUCUGAGGUUGUUUUCAGGCAGGAGGGCGUGCACAUGUACUUCAUCGCGCCCGACGGACAGGUCAGCUCGCUCUCGCAGCCGCUCACACUCACCAUCGCAAGAGCACAAGGUGAAAAUGAGCUUGCUCCGACGUUCUACCUGCAGCUGGGAAGCUGGGUGUACCCGCUGGUGCCAGGAAUCUCGCCCGUUCUGCGUGCCGAGUCGGGCACUUUCAUCAUCCCAGACCUCCAGGCAACGGUUCCUGAAAAAAAUAAUUUCUCAGGUUCUGCGGUGGGUCUGGUGGUGGCUGAUGGCGAGGACAGCGGCGUGUUGGACGUGCUGUCGGACAUCCUGCGCGGCAUCCAGCCCGCGGCGCCUGCCGGAGAAGAGCAGGAGCGCCUCAGCCAGCGAAUCUCGCACGGCCUGGUGUCCGGCGCGCAGUUCGUCUCCGCCGGAGUGGUGCGCGGUGCCGAGUGGGCGGGCAGUUUGCUCAACCGCGGCACCCCCGCCCUCAUAGAGCGAAUGCAGCCGGCCGCCGAGCAGACACCGGUGCCGCCGCGCCUCAGCAAGGGCCUCCGCGUCGCCAGGGACGUCACCAGCGUUGCCGUCACCUUCACCACGUUUGUCGCGAAUAAGGUGGGCACAGCGACGAUGUCCUUGGGUCGAUUCUUGGCGCCGCACGUGCAGGCGCAGGGCACGCGGCUGCUGACGAGCGUUUCCGGCCUGUCGGAGAACGAGGCGAGCACCAAGGUGGAAGGCGCCCUGGAGGUGACCGCCGGCGCCGUGACAAGCUUCACCACCGUCUACGCCGCCCUCGAGGACGCUGCCGCCAUCCUUGGACGCAAUCUCGCCAACAACACUGUCCAAAUCGUCCAGCACAAGUACGGCCAGCAGGCAGGCGUGGUGACGGAAGACACUUUGGCGGCGGUCGGCAACGCAGUCGUGGUCGGACACACGGCCAGGGGGCUGACCGUCAAGGGCAUCGCCAAGCGGACGGCCAAGAACGCUGGCAAGGCCCUCGUCGAGGACUACCAACCGAAACAAGGUCCUGACGGUGAGAAGAGCGACCCUGGUGAUAAAGAACUUCCAGGGCCGUCGAAAGAGCCCUCGAACUGACUCGCUGUGAUUUUCGUGAAUGUUAUAUACUCGUCUGAGAUUGCAUAAAUAUAUUAUAUAAUUAUUCAACCGCCGGGGCGCUGUGAAUGAAGGAUUACCUGAUUGGAAUAAUGCUUGCCACAAAAUAUAAUAUAGGUUCCUAUAUCUGUUUGUUAUGGCACUAAUAAAUAAAUAAUGAUAGCCAACAC